AAUGAAUAUAAACUUGGUGGAUGGUAAUGUAUGUGGAACAAAAAACUCAAACGGGAUAAAUGGAAGCCAUACUUCAAGUCAGAAUGGAAGUAACAUAAAAGCCAAUGUUGAUGAAGUUGUAAACCUGAUGGUUGGGGAUAUGCUAGAGUUAGUUGUCAGUAAAGAGAAACUGGACAACACAUCUAAAAGUAAGGGAAAUGGAAAACAGACGGAGGCUCCGAAAAAUUUCUCAUUUUUGGGUGUCAGUCAAUCAGGAAGAAUAAUGGACCCCAUUUGCCUCCAACAAAAUAUAUUUUCUUCCAUUAGCGCCGAAAACAUUGCUGAAUACCAAUGGCCCCCCGACACCAGUGGAGAUUAUUAUAUGUUGCAAGAACAAGUUAGCACCUAUCUUGGAAUUACUUCAUUUAAAAGAAAAUAUCCAGAAAUUGAAAGAAGGAAAGUUGAGGCUGAUGAAGUGAACCAUCUUCUCACAAGCCAUGUUAUCAGCGAGGUGCAAGUUACAUUGGGUCUAACAGCACUAAAGAGUUCCGAUGUAUGCGACAUGAUGAUGAAAGAAUAUCCAGAAAAAUACAAUGAAUACAACGCUGCGCUGCAGGAAAGAGAAAAGGAGAAACUACAGAACAAAUACAAACAAUAUGCUUCACAAGCAGCUUCAAUGCAAGUCGACAAAUCUCAAAUGCCAAGUUUUGUGAAAAAAGCCGUGAGACAAGCGGCAGAUUACAAUGCACGUUUAAAUCGACAAAGAAAAGAUGAGUUUGCCGUGUAUUACGACAUGCAGACUAACGUCCUCCAAUAUCCCGCCAGCAAAGUAAGGAAGCUUGAUCCUUCACUUACAAGACCUAGUUUAUAUCCAUGUGCGUUGAUACCUGGCCAGUUUCAAGAACAUUAUAAAACAUACACAAAAGAUGAACUAAUGUACCUCCCACUCAACACCGCGCUUUAUGGACCACCUAACCCUUCUAUUGAUCAUAUACAACUAAGUUCCGACUCUGAAUCUGACUCGGUUUCUGAAUCCUCAUCUUCAUCUUCUGAUAAUCAAAGCGUUGGAUCAGAAAAAUCAGCAAAACCAGAUAAAGAUAAGCUUCUGGAUGUUGCAAUGAAGACAGUGGACGCAAGUGAAGAUUUGGAGGGGGCAGGGAAAGAAGAACCAAUGCAAGUGAAUGAGAGUGAAGAAAAUACGGAGGAAUCGGAUGAAAUAGUUUGUGGGAUCUGUAGUAAAGAUGGGUCGAGCAAUAAGAAGGGGGAAGCUGAGGAAUUAAUCAAAUGUUCGCAAUGUGACAAUCAUGGUCACCCAUCGUGCUUAGAAAUGUCAGUGGAGCAGGUGUCAGUUAUUGAGACAUACAACUGGCAGUGCAUGGAGUGCAAGACAUGUACCAUAUGUAGUAUGCCGCACCGUGAAGAUCUUAUGAUGUUCUGUGAUCGCUGUGAUAGAGGAUACCACACGUUUUGCGUCAGUAUCCGAGCCAUUCCAUCAGGUGUGUGGGCAUGUUCAAGAUGCAAGCAUGCUGAUCCGAACUUCAGGAAAAGACGAAGAAAGGAGCUGAAACUUCUCUCAACACCAUCUGGGAGGGGUAGAGGUCGAAGGAGACGGGGAAGAGGUGGGAGGAUGGCGGAUCAUCGAUCAACUGUCAUCAUUGAUCUUAAUGAUGAUGAGAAACAAGAGGAGGAAGAUGAGGACUCAUCCACUGAGAAAGUUGUGUCCGCAUCAAUUGGAGAGAGCAUCGCUACCGUUCAAGACCUCGGUGAUGGAAAGAUCAAACUCACGAUAUCAAAGUCACCUCCUCCAUCAAUGCCUCCUUUGGAAGCAAUAAAAAGUCCCAAAGAGGUCCCGCAUCUGAAAGAGAAGCUGGAUCUGGAUCUUGCAGUUUCCGACGACCCAAUCAGCAAGACUUCAUUCCCAGAGAAAGUUUUAUUGCAAGGAAUUCCAGCUAAUGAGAAGCAACCUGAAAUCCAAAGGAUAAACUCAGAUGACCUCAGCGUUGGCAACUCCCCAAGUUCACAGUGAUAUUGCAGAGUAUAUGACACGAAUGUAACAGAUUAACUGCCCAUUAAAAAUCACUGCCAAUUACAAAAUGUCUAGUUGUUUGAAUGUAAACAUUAAAUAGUUAAAAUUAAAAACAAGAAAGUUCUAAA